GACAUCAGAGGCGCAGCUCGAGGGAGAAACUCAACGCUCUCUCUCUGUUGUGUUUGUGGAGACGAGCGAAGAGCAGGACGACAGUAAAACUUUCCUCUGAAACACAUUUGCACUUUGGUCCUGUCUGUGAACGCAGCUCUGGAUGUGGAUGUGCAUGUGGGAGAGGAGGACAUCUCUCAGCCUGAACUCAGCUUAUAUUUGUAAUUUGUGCGUAAAGAGCGCAGUUUCCGGAUAUCAGAACACUGUUUUGGGGAACAUUUUCUGCUCUGCAUCUGUUGGGAUUUUUCCGCUCUUCUUGUCGAUUAUCUGUCAGAACUUAUCCUCGUCUUGAAGAAUCCUGCAGCCACAACAAAAACAUGGAGACACUUAGAUAACAAGGUAAGAGUCAAGUCCGGAUCAUUUCUCUGUUUGUUGCUGGUUACUGUGAACAAUGCUCUUAGACUGUUAUUUCCUGUUUGUGGCAAAUUACAAGCCAGGAAUUUGGUGCUCUAAUCAAUCACAAGCAUGUUUACAGCUUUUUUUUGGAAGUACAAACUCUGACUUUGUAACCUAAAAUGUGUGACACUGUAGGUUUUUGUAGAGUUGUUGCAACUACAGUCUCAUUUUCAGCCUUUUUGAUGGUGUACUAACUUAAAUUGUGUCCAUACAUUCACAUUCAUUUGCUGGAUUAGCUCAAACCACAACUGAAGCAUAGUGAGCAUGACUAGAGCUGUAUGUGAUCUGAGGACAGACAUUGUCAUCUUGUGCUUAUACACUCAUGCAUGUAUUUCCAAAGUCCAAACUGAGGUCCCCUCAGAGCCAAAGUGAUGAGGAUGCUGAGGGGCCCCGUCCACAUCUUGCCACUCAUCCCAGCAGUGGCAGACCUCUGAGAUAAUCUGCCAAAUUAGAUUUUAAUGAGGCCAUCGUGUUCAUCAAAGCGAAUCAAUGUGAACAGCACUCGCAGGAGUCUGAACAGCAGACUGACAGAUGAGUUUAUCAGCACAUUGGUGUGCCCCUGAGGGGGUCCGAAAUAGCCCUAAAGUGCAAGUCAAAGUGUCAUGUGGAAACCGCCCACAGAUAUGGUUGGUGUGCCUUUAGCCAAACAAUCUAUCAGGCUGAUAAUGGAGCAGGAUCCCACAGUUAAAGAGACAAAGACACAAGGAGGUAUAGUAGCUUUAUUAUGUUUUGACAGAGCUGGGGAAAAGGGCUUUUAAAUCAAAAUCCUUAGGUCAAUAAUGUUUGUUUUCUACUAAAGGAGAGUUUUAUGGUGCCUGAUUUCAUCCUAAUUAAAAAGUACAGGACAGCAUUUGUGGCUGCCUGAUUAUGGCAAAAAUCAUCAUUAGGAUUAUUUUGAUACGCACACAUUCAUUGGACUUAAAAACACUUUGAUACUGCUGAAGACUUUAAAGGAAAAACAAAAGAAUUUAAAUAGAUGUUGAAUUUUCAGCAGCAUUAGGACUUAAGUUUAUUUGUUCUUCCUUGAGCUGCGUCACCCCACUGCGGUAAUGGACUUGCUUGAGGUCUCCCUACAAACAAACGGCUGCUGGAAGAGAGUAGGUGAGUUGUGUUUAGUCUCUUUGCUAAAGAAAUUAGGCAAAGCUAAAAAGAUGUUUGGUGGCUAAUACUAUGGCUCAGACCCUAUAUGUACUGUUGAUGAAGUUAGGUGCUGUUCUGGCCAUUAUUCAUGGCUAUAGAGUGGCUUUUUGGUUGAGCGCAUGGCCCCUGGGGCUGCUGCAUAUUGCUGUUGUGCAGUCGUUUCUAAAGUUGGUACAACUAGAGAAGCAAGUGGUCGGCAACAUUCAUCUCUUGGGGGGGGGGGGGUCUAACUCAGUGUUACAGUGUGUUUGACCCUAAAUUAAUUUUAUGCCGGAAUAUCCCUUUUAAAAAGAGCAGUGUAGAAUAUUACGACCCAGCUGUGCAGAAUAAUUGGCUCUGAUUGGUUAAUUGGGACAUGCUAAGGUCUGUCAGUUUUGUUCACAGACACCCUGACUUGAAGAGUAAACACAGGUCCUCCUGUCACAGACUCUGGUAGACUAACUAUAAAAAUAUCAAACAAGAGAAGAAGCUGACCUCAGCAUAUUUACACUUUCACAUGUGACAAGAACCCACAGGGUGGAAUCAGUUGUGUCCUGGUUGCUCAACGUCUGCCUCCUCUGAUUGGAUACUUAAUGAACAAUAUGGUGAUGGGUUGUUCGACUCUUUUUUCAUGUUCAAAAUACUCUGCUACCGCUGCUACUUUUUUAGCAGAAGACUUUGAUUUCUUAUAUUAUUUCGAUAGAUUUUUAGCGACAGUUCAACACAAGAUGAUGUGUUAGCGUUCUUCUCGCUCUGUCUUGGCUCCAUUUUUCUAUAAACUGCCUGUUCACGAUACAUUACCCUUUGCAUGUCAUGUCUGUUACAGUUUUCCCAUGAAGGCUGUAUUUCCCAGCAGCCCACUAACAAGAAAUCAAAGUUCAUCCAUUAAAUCUUUUGAACAUCCUGCUGUCAACUCUCAUGACAGUUUUCACGCUGGCUUGUGUUUUGCGAGUCAUUAGCUGAGAGUCUCAAUUGGAGCGAAUGCAACCUCUUCCUCCUCCGCUGUGUCCGUUUAGUGAGGAGGAGUGUGAGGUCAUGCCUUCAGAUUUGCAGAAGACCGAACACUCACCAGACGCCCACUGACCACAGGGGCUGGAGGUGAAAGGUCACUAUGACUCAUAAGCAGGCCUCUUUUCUUCCCUUGAAGGCUUGUUGUGGCUGUUGCCUGGUUACUUAGAAAGCACAACAAGUUUGUCAGUAGGUGUGAUGAAGAGUCAUAGCCUUUUAGGUUGACACAGCGUAAUUAGAUACUGUACAUGACAGUGCAAAGCAUGCCAGACAACAGGAAACAGAAAGACCAGCAAUGGAACAGAAAUGGGAAUUCAUUCAUUAGAGAUGCUGUGUUUGAGUUACCCUUAGAAGUCGGAUGUCCGAGCUGGGAAUGAUGUCACACCCGAGUACCAGCGCCAAGUUGUAAAAAAGCAAAAUCGGAGGCGGAAACAAGAUGGCUACAUCUGAAAUAACUUUCGUAGAUGUACCCAUCUUGUUUCCGCCUCCGAUUUUGCUUUUUUACAACUUGGCGCCUGUAACUCGAGUGUGACGUCAUUCGCAGCUCGGACAUCUGACUUCCAAGGUACCUCGAAUGCAGCAAGAAGCUCUCAAUGAAAACUUUGACCCAGUGCAUUGUGGGACUUGAAGGAUUCAGGAAAGUUAAGAAUUUCUUCUUCAAUUUUUGACGUCUUUCUCCUAAAACUAUAAAUUGUGAGUCCUGUAAGUUUUCAGUGGAUGGGUAAACACUAAUAAUGACAGAGCUAAUAUGCACAAAACCCUGAAAAUAAUCAAUAAAACCACAAAAUGAUGAAAUCCCCAAUACAGCCCAUUUUUUAUAUAACUGUGUAGUAAAGUUGGGAACCUGGGAUAACGUCAAAAAACUGACACCAACCUCGGUGUCUCAGUUCAGUCUGAGCUCCCUUAUUUGGGGCUAUAAUAGAGAAUGUCCCAUUAUAUCCUGAUGACACAGAGAUAGGAGAGCCAGGCAGAAGGGCGACCAUUUCUGCAGGCCUGAUCACACCAAUCAGAGUUUGAAAGGAGAUAGAAAACCUGAAGAACAAACCCUUAAGGAAAAAGAAACCAAAGGAAACCUUCUUAAAGCCAGACAGAGGAGAGGACUCUUUAAAUGAGAGGAAAGGAGAUUGUCUCGUCUGACAAGACAAGAAAAAGGUCUGUGCUGCAUUGCCAAGUGCUUCACGGUAUCUGAGCACUGUGCAAAAGCCAGCCACCUGCAUUAAAGAGAUCCUAUGGGGGGAAUAAAGUAGUUGCAAGAUAAUUCCUCUUGGCGAGUGGGAGACAAACACAAAAUAUCUUUUAGGAAAGAAAUAUUUACACUUGUUAGUAUCUGGCAGUGCAUUCAUAAAAAACUGCUGAUCAUAUUUGCAUUUUUACGGUAGUAUCAGGUAGAACCUCAGCUUGCAAAAGUUGUAACAAUUCUGCAGUGAAAGUUUCCCCUAAAAGGUAAAAUCUAUAAAUUUGUUUUAAGAUCUAAAGACACUUUCUGAAAAGUAUGUCAGAGUUUCAGCUCAUAUUCAGAGCAGAAACUCUGACACAGCACAAAUACAGGUGUGCACACUGACUGCGGCACACCCAAGAUGUCAUUUAGGGCAAACCGCUAAAGUGGUGCGUUCAUUCAGCAUGAAAGAGGGAUUCAUUAGUCAAAUUUCAAAGUUUUCCCCAUGUACUGCAAAAAAGUACAACAAUGUUUUACUUUGUCUCGAUGUGUAAUCCUCGAAAGGCAAAGAAAAUGGCACGCAACUUCUGUAACUUUAAAUGAGGUCUGCAGCAGAGCAAAAUAAGGAGACAAUGACGGGGUCCUCGACUAUUUCUGAAGUCAGUCUGGGUCGCCUUUGUUUAUCUCUGAGAAUGCUGUAAAACCCAGUCCACCCCCCAGCCCCCUUUCCCCAGAAACCAAGAGGAAGUUGUCCUGAUUGGGCUUUGUCUGCACGGAUUGUCUGACUGUAAGGACAAUGCCGUCAGCAGCCCUGCAAGGACAGCCGAACAGAGAGAAAAACACAGUACAAGUUUGUGUAGUGUCGUGCAAAACAGCGUAACCAGUCAGGCAUCUUUGACUGUGAUUGUAUUUGAUGUAUUCUAAUGUGACUACAUGAAUAAAAAGCAAGGCCUGUUUGUAGUCUGUGCAGGGGAGUUAAAUGGAAUCGACAGGGGGGGCUUGAAAUAAAAUCAUGGAAUUGCUUUUGGAUUUUGCAUCGUCACAUUCACUCAGCCUCUUGAGAGUCAAAAUCCUCAAACCGACAUACUUUUUAUGGACAAACUUUUGGUGACCGAGCAAAGAUACAUUCUUACUUCUUGUUGGUCUGCAUUUGUUUGACAGUUAGUCUCGUGAAAUGGGUUUAGGUCCAUGAACUUGAGUCUUUGCAUGGCUGCAUCUGGGUGGAGAAACACAAUGAAUGAAUGAAUGAAUGAGCUUGUAAUAGCAUGUCGGUGCAUAAUGGAAACAGACAGCAUACUUUACAGGUCGUGCUUGGAUUCCUCUUGGAGGGUCGAGUAUGGUUCUAGUGAUGCAGAGAGUGGAUAUAUAGCAGGAUAAAUCACUCCUUCUCUCUGCUAUUUUUAGCCUGUGUUGUGUGGCUGAUGAUAAUGGCAGACAGAUCUACUUAUCGGCAAGCUAAUAGAGCCAUCUCUUUCACUGAGGAGGAUCCUCUUACUCUGGAGUCUGAUUGGUACCAGUGGACUGAGUGAGCAUGGUAAAUCUAGCUCCACUCUUCAUUUCCUCUUUGGGCCAAGAGUAAACAAACUACACUUUUCCCAAUGAUGAAUAUGGCUCCUUUUGAAUUCACUUGGUUUGAAAUAGAUAAGAUACCUGUCUGUUUCUGUUUGACUAAAGUUAUGUAUUAGUCCAGUUGAGUGGCUAUAUGCUUGUUCAAACACAACCCUCUAAAAAGUUAUAUAUAUUCGAUGCAUGUUGAUGGAGUUAAAGUUGAAGAUGUUGUAGCUACACCCAGUGGAGUGACCUGACUAUAGGGCUGGGCGAUAAAAACAAUAACGAUAUAUCUAAAGUUAUUUUCCCGUUAUUUCCUUAUUUAAAGUUAAUUUCCCUCAAUAUCGAUAUAAAACAUGGUCAAUAUGCUUUUCAAUGUUUUGGUAGAUUAUACGAAUAGCCAAUGGAAAGGGGAGUUUCUCCGGGUUCACUUUGUGCUGAACCAAUCAUGUGCUGAAUUAGCACCAAAUAGCAAACAAUCGUGUAGUAGCAGGCUGCAGCUACAUGCAACCAUAAAACUUGAACAGUGCAACGCCUUACGACAAAACCUAGAGGAGACACAAAGACCUCACAGAUGCAGUAGGUUAUUGUAUUGCAAAAGACAUGCUACCAAUAAACACUGUUAAAUUUCAUUUUUUAUAUCCUGAUAUAUCGACUGAUAUGGAAAAAAAAUAUCGUGAUAUCCCAUAUCGCCCAGCCCUACCUGACUAUAUGGUAACUGGGGUAACCCUGAUGCCUUAGAGGGACUUGCUGUUUCAUCUGUGAUUUACAUCCCAGUUGAGAUUGUGCUUAUGUCUGGUUGUUGAAGAAGAAGAAGAAAAAGAGGAAGCCAUUCAAAACUAUCACUCUGUUAGUUGACUGGUUGUUGAUAUGAUUCUGAAUGGAUAACAAGGAGAUUGAAUAAUUCCCUCUCAAGUGCAAAUCCCAUUAACAAGAGUUACAAAUGUGUGUUUUAUGGUGUUAUAUCAAAAGGAAGAUCCUCUUUUUGGAACAAAAUGUCAAUUUGGUGCCAGAGAACAGGGAGAAUAAUCCUCCUCUUGUCAUGUUGGAGAGAGCUUUUAAGCCAGGUCUCUGUGUGAAGCUUGCAUUUCUUCUGAGGAAAAACUCCACUGAGACAAAGCGCAGGGAACUAAGGCUUUGAUUAAUGAGCGCUGAGGCCCCACAUGGAGUGACAUUUUCCUGCCCACACACUCCUACCACCGCCUAGAAAUCCUCAAGUGCGUCCCUCGGCUCACUUGGCGUGCGGGAGGACGUACUGUAUUGUCUUACUUCCCAGAAUCAACCUUCUGACUCAUUUGGUCCACUGAACAGUUUUGGCAAAAGUUCAGCUGACAGGACACCCCCGCCAUCGACCUUUUCAAAGAGUAAGUCACCCAAAUAUACGAGGCUCUGUAAUCACCCUUUACUUCCUGACCAUGUUGCACCCAAGUCUGUCUACCAGGCGUUUUCUGCUCUCCAUUUAAGGUCAUGACUAUGACGCAUCCAUUAAUAAUGUAGGGGUCUUGUUUGUUUUUAUCGUUGAUACGCCAUUUAAAACCUGUGCGGUCAUUAGUGGUUGUCAAAUGAUCAUAUCAGGAUUUAGUCAUUGAUUAAUCAUCGCUAACACAUCUUAGCUAACCUUUUCGUUUGUUUGUUUAUCACCAGACUAAAAAGCCGCUUUGGGGGUGCUUGGUCUGUAUUUUCGUCUUUCCUGCACUGGCAGGAGAGUGGCAACAAUCUCAUCAUCCAACUCUGAGCUAGAAAGAGAGAAGUUGCUUCUCAAAGUGUCUAACCCUACCUUUAGGAGGCUUCCAUGUGCAAAUAUGUGGAUGUUGUCCUUUAGACCAACUUGCUAGUCCUGGAGUUGAAUCUGCCAUCUGUGAUGCCUCAGGGAGAUUCUGUCUAAAACAGUAAGUUGAAAAUUAAAAUUCAGGGUGCUGUAAUCCUCUCCGUUUUGUGUUUUGACCCAAAGCCAGUCCAUGUCCUCACUGAUCAGACUCACAGAUGUCUUGUCGACCUCCUGAUCUCUGCGAUUCUCUAUAAGGACGUACUAUUUUGGCAUUUGAUGGCUGUCACAGACACUCUAAGCUGUUGCAGAGUUGAAAACCUGACCCCUGAAAUGGUGAUGUCUUUAGGACUCCUCCAGGGUGAUGUCAGAUAUGAGGUCAUAGCGCUCGGGGCCACCGUGCAGCUGGAGAGCAGACCUUCCUCCUGCUCUUAUUUAGAAAGGGGGUUUGGGGGAGUUUCCCUCAGAGAUCUACAGCCAGCAUCUCUGUGUUUGUUUGCUCAGAGAGUGAUGUAACAGAGCUGAAAGUAUACUCUGUGUGCGCAUGCAUUUACGUGCUCGCCUGCAAAGUCUUGGCUGUGAUUCCUGUUCAAUCUUUCCAAUAAAAAUAACAUUUCAGUUUGUGUUUCGCGGAGGACGGCUCUGCUUUGUCUGGCUCAGACAAUUCUCCACAACCUUCGUCGAAUCCCAUCCUCUGCUGUGCUCUUUUUUAAUUAACUUCUGUUAUUCCAGCACAAUCCUCACACUGUGACAAAGACGAGGCCUCUGCCAGCGAAACAUUGGCCCGAGCUGUGAUGUUAUCCUUAUGUGACGGAGAAGUGCAUCACAAGCACCUCUGGAUGUGGAUAGUGCGAAGGAUAGGUCUGUCUCCUGAUCCACAGAGAGAAAGUAAGGCUUCAUUCUGGAGGACGUUUGGCUUCAGAGCAACAAGAGUGAGCAGCGAGUAGUAUUUGAUCUUCAACAAGCGGGGCUGUCACUUCGCCCGCCUGCCAAGAAGCGUGCCGAGAACUGGGCUGGUGAUCUGUGGGCACCAGUAGCCCGGUGUCCUGCUGGGUGGAGGGGCGAAGCAGAUGGGCCAUCUGGUGGCUCGCUGGCACAGGACAGGGGCUACUCUGUUCUUCUGUAUAUAUGUGUGUGUGUGUGUGUGUGUGUGCGCGGGUACGACAGCCUGCACAAUGUUGUGUUAGGAGACCACCUGUCUGGUGACUGCUCAUCAUCUCUUUCAUGUGCGGUCAGCAGCGCAGCCUCGCAGGGAGAUUUCUGGGACAUAUCAGACUCCUCUUAAAUCCACUCCAUGCUAUCUAACAUCAAAGCUGUAAAAAUACAGCCUGUUUGGGGGGGUUGACAUAAGUUUACCCACAUUUACUGCGCACAUUGUGAUGGAUUUAGAGCACACUGUUUUUAGAAAGUGGUCACAACCAACACACGUCUCCCUAGACUCCAUAUUUUGGCUUUCCAAUCCAUCAGCUCUUAUGAUUUGUGCCUCUGACAGUGUUACAGCCUGUUCCCCUUGUUCAGACUCCACUGGCACCCUGUGACUCUGCCCCUCAGGCUGUAAAUUGCUCCAGUGGCCGUCUUUAUUGCUUUUAUGAAAAGUUUUCUGGCUGACACACACACACGGAAAAGUAUUUGUGUCCCCGCAGAGAGAAGCUGGAGUGUUUUUGUCUGUACUGAAUGUUAGGGACAUAUAUCGUACACAGUGUACAGGCUUUGAGGACUCUGAAGAACAUGCAACUGGAGACAGCAGAGAGCAAAAUGAGAAGCAAAUGAUGCUUUGAAAGAGAAAGACAGAAAUGAUCCUGGGAAUGUUGCUGUGAAUGUCUCCGGAGACUCUUUAGUCUUUUUUCCAAAGAUUUUGUGUUUGUUUCAGAACUUCAAACAAACUACAUCUGCUGCCCAUGAUUAUGUGUCCCCACUCUUUCAGUGAUGUCUACUCCUCAUCAGAUCUUUCUCUAAAUUUCCAUUUGAAGUUUUGUUUGAAUGCAGACUGAAAGCCAAAUCUCAAUUUUUCUCUCAUCUGUCAGACUGACGCUAAUUGACAUUUUAAGUGAGUUGCCUCACUGUUGGGUCACUUCAUUAUCAGGUUGAGCUUAAACUCCAUGAGCUACACUCAAACUAGUCGUUUCCUGUUUUACUCCUUUGUUUUGCUUGAAAUCAGCAGAAUUAAAGACUUUUAGUUCAACUGCACAUCUUAACCUCGUCACUGUUGUUAUGGCUGAUAAUGCUGUAAAACUCUAAAACAGUAACCACUGACAACACAAGCUGUAUCUCUGUGUUUGCUGUGUGAGGCAACAAGCAGUCAUAUCUCUCAGCUAUGACAACCUGCUAACCCUGUUUAAUCGGUCACAUGGUGAAAUGACAAAGAUUUUUUCUCAAUGAGAACUAGGGGAAAUUUUUGAGUGGUUUAGUGAUGCAUUUCCUUGUGCUGCAUGUCCUAAUUUAAAUCCACCUACUAUUAGUAAGGCUUUUCAUAGAUGCUCUGACAUAAAUUCUCUCUGCUUCCUCUUUAGGAGCUGUAAGGACACAGAUAGUUUUUUUAACCUUUGGUUUGUUUUAUUUAUUAGCUCUUUCGUGUAAAUUUUAAAGCUGUAUCUGCAUGAUUAGGGAAUAAUCUGUGAUGUUAUUACAUACCAAAAGACGUAUUAAAGCUCCUGUUAGGAGAUUUUGGACAUUUAUGGAAUAGACUGAAAUUCAAAAUGAUGCUUAUUUGUGAUAAGCAAAAGCAAACAAGACAGUCAUCGACAAGACUGAGGGGGUUGGUAAAAAAACAGCCGUGAUUUUACAUUUUACUGUAAAUAUUCACAAAAAAUCACAAUGACUGUUUUGUCUACAGGGGGCGCCAAAAUGGACAAACCGACUGUUCCUCAUAGGAUCUUUAAAACUGUUCAUCUGAGUCAGGCUAACGGCAAGCUGAGGCUUGAUUGGCCUAAUGAGAAGAAUGCAUGACCCAUGUAUCUAGGGUUGAUCUGCAGAUUUAUUAGACAAAUUAGAUUUGCAAAUACAUCCUGAUUGGUCUUGUUUAUGUUUAUGGUGGCCAGUACUAACCAAUGUGUUAACUUCAAUAUGCUUGUGCUUAAUUAAGACUCCAUUUUAGCCAAGUAUCUCAGAUUGAUCACUUGAUCCCAGACCUGUAAAUGUACAGCUUUAUAAGUUAAUGAGACACUAAAAAACACCUUUUAGGCUUAUUUUGUAACCUGCAGCUUUAACUUGAUAUGCAUACGAGUUUAAAACAACCACACGUUUUAAUCUCGAUAUCCUGCACUGCAGCUGUGUCUCUAGUUCCUGUUCCCUUUUUGGCAAAGCACUGAUUCGGAGACAAAAACAAAUGUGUGCACGCAAAAUUUCCAUGACAUGCACGGGGACUAUUCCAGAUUGGUCUUUUUUCUUGGAAAGGUCAACAUCCCACUACCCUGGAAUAUGAAAUGAUGGUAAACAUUUCGCUGCACAGCAUUCAACGACAUUUUCAAACGGCUGAAUUUUGUCCAAUUUUCGUUGGAGCAAAACCAUCAAGAGUCAGAUUCUGUUCUGUAUCACCUCAUUAUGGGAUGUGACAGCCAAAACUGAACACAUGAAAUAUUCUGCAGUUUUUUCUUUGAAGUACAUCGUCUUCACCUGAGGCAGGCGUUUAGGCGAACUCCCACGCACAGACUGCGUCUGCACUGUAGGAUCUCGAGUGCAUGAGUCUCAUCCAUCAUCAAACAGUGAAGAGUUCCUCCACUGCUGCUGGCUUGUUUUUUUCCCCUCUCAAAGUGUCACUAAAGAGACAACAGGGCAUUGACAGGAUUCAGAUGAAUUGAGUCGAUGGCAGUAAAUGCAGCACUUGGCUGUCAUGUUGUUAUUUGUCUGGCAGGAGCUGUCAGAAAAGGAUAUGUCAAUCUCAAGAGACCGACCUGGUUAAAUAAAGAUUAAGUAAAUAACAGCAGCGGUGACAGUAAAAUUGGAAAAAUAGCUUUGUGUUGGCCCUACCACCUGCGUCCUGUUUUGUCAUUGUUUUUGCGCAACCACAGAAAAUAUUGUGCGCACUAAGUUGAAGGAAAGUGGCACUGUUCUUGGAUGAUGAAACUGUGUUGUUUUUGUGUUUUUGGCUCUCAGGAUGAAAUCUUCGCCUGCACAAAGAAGUUGAGCUCUGCGCUCGAGUUCAACAGGACCACUUCCUGAUGAUGACAGUAAACAUGGGUGAGUAGUAUUCGAAAGCAGGUCCCUGUACAGUGCAUGCAUACAGAAACUUGCACGAUAGGGAACAAAGCACAAACAUACACACCUCUCACACAUCUUCUGGCAGGAACAGUGCAGAGAGAAAAAAUAACACAUGUAUUAAAGCAGGAAAGUGAGAGGAGGCUGUUGAUAGCUCCAGAUGGCUUGUUUUUGUACAUUGUUAUUAAAAAUAUUGUUGUCUGAUUAGAAUUCUUUGUUCUGCUUUGGGAAAAUAAGGUUCAGGGUGCACAAAUAACUCAUUCAAAAAACGGCAAUUAUGCAAGAACCCAGUUUUGCUUUUAUUCAAAUUCACGCCUACCAGGAGUGUUAACACGCGUGUGCACUCCUACUUCUCUGCAAAAACAGUCAGCUGCACUUACACACUUCCUCUGUACAUUUCAUCUCAAACAAUAGUCACACUUACUGGGCAUAUUUUCAUAUGCACAAGAGCUGCAGCUUCAGGUCCAAAAGAGCAAAACCUCUGCAAGCAAAUCUCUCAGUAAUUAGGAGUCGUAUAUUUUCACAAUGUAGACCCCAGAACAGUGUGCUAUGCAUCACGAUGCAGCAGUCAUGUUUGGCUCUUUAAUUUGGACUUUUUUCCAUUAAACCUGUUUCUUUUGUUUACAGAUGACGGUCUCCAAAAUGGACCCGGACAGCACAGGAACUCACAAGGUAAACGUCCUAGAUAAAAUCAGUUUUAGACGAGUUGAAGAAGGUUUUUGGAAAUAAGGUUGUUAGAUAUGCCUCUUCCAAAAGAAAGGCAGAAGAAACAUCAAUUAAAAAGGUGGAAGUUUCUUGUUUUUGAAAUGUCACAGUCAGCUAAUAUUUAAUGACCAUAAAGAUUAGCAGGUAUCAAAGCUUUUUUUGUGUGAGGACAGGUUAAAAAACUGUUCUUGAAGUUUUUCUCAAGUCAAUAAGUUAGUCUAUUUUUAUGCACUGAUAUUCGGGUAAUAUAAAUACUUCAUGACCAAAAAUCCGUAAGUUUAUUUCCCAAAAUGUCAAGAACUUCUUGAACAUAAAUCAGUUUACACAAAGCCCUCUUUACAAGCUUUUUAUAUCUCCAUUACUGUGCAGUGGAAAAACGAGCACACACCGGCCAAAAGAGGGAAUGUCACAGCCUGUAGAUACUCAAUGGAAAUGUUUGCAGACAUUCCCCAAUGAAAAGAGACUUUCAGUGUAGCCCUUGUACAAACAUUAAUUGCACCACUAUUGUCACACACCCACAGCCCUCUACAUUACAUCACGAUCAUUAUUCUUAGUGAAAGAUUAACCAUGGGGGUUUAAAUGCUACACCCAUUAGAGGUUAAAUUAGCUGUUUCACAGUUUCGACAAACACCAAGGUGAGCCGAGAGUGAAGAGAGUGCCUUACUUUGCAUAGUUGGUGUGUGAUUUUAAGUGUGAGUGUUGUGCGUCAGAGCUUGGCCUUCACUGCUGCGGAGUGAGGACACGUUUGGCUCCAGCUGCUAAUCCUGCCGGAUGCCUUUGCCAUGAUGUGUCUCUCUGCACCAGGAAAUCCCCACAAUGUCUUCAUUCAGGCAGCCUGUCUCUCUCACACACACAGACACCGACUGACUGGGACUUGCAGCACUCUGCGAGUUUGCAAGUUGCAGUACUGUCCUCUUAAAGUCUGUGCUAUUCUUUUUCUGCAUCUUCAACUCCAGAUUGUCCGAGUUGAGGGUUUGAUGAGUAGCUACAACAACAUAUGAUCAACUUCUUUCAUGUAAACCAUCUUGGACUUGAGCUCCAACUUCAUUUCACCCGCUGCCACUUUCUCAGUCUUCAGCUUUAGCCUGAGAAAAAAAAAAAAAGAAAGAUGCAGAGUGAUGAUGCAAUCCCCAGCAAUCUGCCUCCAUUGUGUAAUGUUGCUCUCUCUGCUCUGCUUCCUGGAAUUCCCCCUUUUCUUAUUCUAGUCACAUUUUACCAAAGUCACAGAGAGAAAAAAUGAACUUUAUGCAUCCUUUUCUACACACAAACGGUGAAAAAAAUCAUUAACCGUCUUUGGUCAUGUUGACUAAGGCUCCUCGAGUUCCUGUUAUUGGUUUCUGUGGCUGCUCCUGGCACUGAUGUGUGAGCUGGUUGCUCUCUACUGUGCCGGUGGUUAGCCUUGGCUGCCCUCGGCCUGGCAGCAGCCACAGACCAGGCCUCAGUGAUGUAAUAACUUCAUUUAUAGGCGGCCAUCACCCCGCAAUUCUCACACUCGCUGCCCCCUCCUUCGCCAGCCGGCCCUCCCACUCCCCCCUCCCUCUCUACUAUUAUCCAUAGGUCACAGCACAGGCCUCAUAAACACAAAUACAGACGCACACAGAUGCACACAGAUGCACACAUGGGACUGUGUUGUUUGUUUUGUAUCCUUGGCUUCCAGCGCUCAGGGUAGUCUGGAGCUCCGAGCCUGCGGAGGCAGAGAUGAAACAACACUUGUCAACAGAGGGAAAGGCAGUGAUAAUGAAAAAAAAUCAGAUGGAGGCUGUUUUUAUCCUUCUUUUGCAAAAUGUCCAAAUAUGUCAGGUUGAUUCAAAUCUAGUUAUUGUUUGACGCCUGUUCAGCUAAUUUAAUAAAUACAAAAGUACAAAUUUUAUGUUUUUUUUUUUUUUCAAAUUGAUCUUUUUUUUUUUUUUUUUUUUCCAGGGGCAUUAACAUCAUUUUAUUUCUUUUUUUUUAAUUUUUUUAUUUAACAACAAAACAGAGUGACAACAACAACAGAAACAACAAAAAGAUAAAAAAUUUACAAAAAUACUUUUGUGAGGGAGGGGAGGGGGAAAUUGAUCAUUUUUUAAGACACAAAACUGCAUCUGAUGUAAUGAUACUAUAUAGUACAUUAUGACUCAAUAUAUACGAUACAAUAUGAUACCACAUAAUAUGAUUAGUUACCAUACCAUGUCAUACAUUGUCUUAUGAUAUUGAUGCAAUACAAUUGUGUAUAAAAGGAUGCAAUAAGUUAAAAUAUGUUAUGAAAUGAUAUUACAUGAAAUGAAAAAAUAUGAAAGUACAGGAUGCAAAAUGAUAUGAUACAAAAGUAUGCAAUUCAGUAGGAUACAUUAUGAUAGGAUGUGACAGGAUACAAUAAGAUAUGAUAUUGUAUUAGUAAGGUCCAAACUGUUAUAAAGGCGGGCUGUUUAUACAUUUUUGUUUUCCAAAAAGACUAAAAGAAAGAGAAAAGAAAUAUGUAGUAAUCUUGACACUUUCCCUUUUCUUUCAUAAACAGUAAAAAUUAGCAUGUUUAAUUGUACUUUGGUCACAGAAUAGCUGAAGACAAAUGUUCUCUUCCCCAGUGUCUAACUUAGACAACUAUUUAUGACUUUCUUGACGUGGAAUAAUGUGGUUAGACCGGCUUUGUAUGUUCAGAACCAGAGACAGUGACUCAGUUCCUUCCUGUUAGAGAGGAGAGGCCUGGUGUAGCGGUUAGUCAUCCGCUGCUCCUGACAGCCUAUAUUUUAAUCUGCGAGUCCUAACAGCGAGUCUCAGGUUGGGAGUCGCUGUGCUGUGAGAGAACAUUGCGUGUUUUUUUUGUGUGGAGGUAUGCAAGGUUGUUUUAAAUGUGUAGGUGUUAAGUCAUUUUUCCUGUAUAUUGUUGCCUUCAUCUCAAACAAGCAGAGGGAGGAAGACAGUGGAAGUGACUCAUCUGUCCCAUGGUCACCUGGUCUUAUCAUAGUCAAACAUCCCACUCAUCAAGUUGUAAACUUGUUACUGUCAAGAGGAAUGUGCUUAUGCUGCACAAUCACAGCUCAACAGGUUUCUGCAUUUGAUAAGAAAAUAAUGACUUUUUUCAAAUCUGUAAUUAUACUUGUAUAUCAGUCAUUACAGCGCACUGGUCUGGGACAUAACACAACACCUGAUAGGUUAUCGUAUAUUUCAGUAACAUAGAUCCACCCACUUUGUGCAGCGUGGGCUGAGAUCUUGUGAGUUGAACUAGUGUUAUCGCUCAGCCUUAUUUAGUCGAACUGUAAAGGGGGUGUGUUUGUCAGUGAAGAGAAGAGUUUCAUCAUUCUUCAGUCCUCUCCGGCUGCUAUGUUGGGAAUGUCAAACAGGACCUCCACCUCUGUGGUUUGCUGCUGAUGUAGUUCAGUCUGAGAGUGUGUUUGCUGGCUGAUGGAGUCAGAGGUCGCUGAAAUAACUUAUAGAGAUGAUCCCGUUAUUUUUCCAAGCUUUACCAACAAACUUUUAGAUAUAACAGGAACUUUUUGCUUUAUGAAUCAGACCUCUCUGUUUUAUUUUGAUUACUUUUAAUAUCUCCAAAUUUCGAAGCUAGAGGCAUGCAUGAUAACACAUACUUGUCUCUGUAUGAAUUAUGUUUGCUAGCAUAGGCUGUAAUCAGGAUUAACCUGGCCUGACUAGAUUGGAUGCGUAGCUCCAUGAAGUGAGUUAAUCUGCUCUGAACUGAAGAAAUGAGACCACCUGAACUGACAGUAGGUGAAUCCAGAAAAAGCCAGUUGCAGAGUUGGCUUGUGUUCGCUUCUGUUUGCGUCCCCUGAGUGAACCCUAACGGAUUGACCCACUGUACGGCGCUGAACAGCUGGCCGUGAGCGCCGUACAGAUCAAGAUCAAAUGGCACCACAGACCCCAUCUGCUGCCAGCGCUGCCAUCACACUCACUCAGUGAAAGACGUUCCCAGAGGUGUUUCUAAACACACAGCUCCCCUUUUAUUUGGAAGAAUGCGGUCCUGCAGGUGCUCUUUGCAGUGAGUGGCACACACCUGGCCUGGUUUCCUGGUGAACGAGAUGUGUGUGUGUGUUUUUAAUGAAUGCACUCGGGGCUCAUCUGAGAGGCCGGCAGGAGCCGAGGUCAACGACCUCUCCUUUAUAUUGUAAUCACCGCGCUUAGAUAAUUGGUUCUAUUAAAGUCUCUUGAUAUGGUAAUGCCUGACAUGCUCAUCUGCAUGAUUGCCCCCUUUACACAUGAGAGUGUGUUAGUGUGUUUGUGAGCGUGCGGCAGACAGUGGGAACGGAGAGAGGGAGAAGUAAAAAAUCACGGAGAUGCUGAGGGGUUUUCUUGCACUUGCAGAAUUUCAGAAUGAAUUUGAAGUGUUAAACGAACGGCAGACCUGUCCCUGUGAGGAGCGAAUAAUGAAUUUGAGACACUCUUGACUUUUUCAUCAAAGCCAAUUAGCUCAGUUUAUUUUCAAGCCUACAGCGACUUUGGUUCAGUCACUCUUUAACAAAAGAGAAGAUCAAUCUGCUUGAUUACACGAGACAAAUAAACAACUGAAGAAGCGUGCUCCUGAGAUUUCUUCUUGGAUUCGAAACAGAGUCUUAAAUACUCAAGCUGCACGCACAUGACCACAUUGCCAUGUGUGACUGCCACUGUUAGAGACACAUGCUGCAUAAUUAAACACCUUUUCUCUUUCAUGGCCUUUUUAUGCAGAGUCUAGAGUUAGAGAGAGUUCAGAAUGACUAUAGGUAAUAUAACACUGAAGAAACAUCCAGAAAAUAUGAUAAAAAUGGGGAAAAAUUGGCAUUUCGCAUAAAAACUUGUAUUCAAAUUUUCAAAUAAUUUGUAUAUUGUUGUAAUUAUAAGAUAGAAACCAUGUGACGAAGGUUUCUCAGCUUUACUUGCGCUUCUGAGGUGUGAAAAAGAUUUCAUUGACUAAAUUUGUGUUGUUGUUUUUAUUUAUCUUUAGAUGACGAGGAAGCGUUGAACUCCAUCAUGAAGGACCUGGCGGCGCUGGGUCGGUGCUACACCCAGCACAACAGCCACAAGCCCAAGAACAGAACCUUACUCUACAAACAGGUGCACAUGAUGUUCAGUUCUUCCUCAUUUAAAGGCACACUACGUCUAAAAUCAACCUCUCGCUACCCCUUGAAGGCUGUAAACAUAGCUGUAAAAGAUCUCAAGUUUUUAAAUCAUGUUAAACAGAAGAUUUUUAAUGAUCCAUAACUGAAAAGAGAUUUUUAAAACUCUUUCCUCAUGUAACUUUGUCUACCACGUGCAGAUGUUCAUGACAAUCAGCUCCAGAUUGAUGAGGACAUGCUGAUCUUGUAAAAAGGACACAGAGGAAACGGAUCGUUUUUUAAGAAUUUCAAGUUUCAUUCUGAAAAGCCGUUCAACUUUCCUACAUUUGAAACUUUUGUUACACAAAUUCAGUCUGACCGCAGCUGCUGGUCCCCCCUGACAGAGUAAAUCAUAAAUUUUUCCCAGUCGCCUUUCAAAUCCACAGGGGGUAGCGUAGUUUUUUGGUUGAGUAGCACACAAAAGCUGUCGCACAUUUAGCUCAAUUGCUGUUUGAUAACCAAACACAGCAGAGGCACAGCAGUGUACUGAGCGUUUACCGUCACUCAGGGUUUACACAGAAACCUCAGCCUUAAUUCUCCUUUUGAGUUUUCUAAAUUGACAGCUGCCGGCUGCCAAAGUCAGGUGAAGGUUGACUAAAAGGAGCUUAAUGAGAGACUAAAUACGCGAUUUUAACAGUCACUGUCGAAAUGGAAAUUCUUAACGUGACUCAAGAACACGGUAAUGACCAUUAAUGGCAUCUAUAUUUAUAAAGAUGAUUUAUAAUGCUGCUCAGUAAACUGCUUGUUUUAACAGCUUGGUUUCCUGGUGUGGUUGUUCUCUCUUUGGAAUGAUAAUUGGUAGAUCCUCUCCGUGUUUAUGAUGAGACAUAAACAAACAGUGAAAAGCACAGACAGCUUCCGGUUCCGAGAGCUGGGGCAAACCCCUGAUUUCGAAUCAGCACUCGCUCACUGAUGUGAAGUCAGCGCUUCGGUGUUUCAUGUCAGUUUAUCAGCAUGACCUCAUGCAGACUUACAGGCUCCUCCAGAUUCCUGCUCUCUGGGGUAAUGGCUGUACAAAUAGAAAACCUGCACAGUGUCAUGUCAUCUCUUGAGUCUAGAUGAAGGAUAAAUUUGUCUUUGUUUGACCAAAUCCAACAACAGAAACAUGGAUCACUUUAAUGCCUUCUGUCUCCUAAAUUCAUUGUCCAGUUUAUUGCUGUCAUGUAUUCAGCGGGCUAAAUCCCACACACAACCAUGAAUCAUCUUAACUUUCCACCUCCAUAACUCCCCUCUGUUGUUAUUUUUCCUCUCAACAGGAUUUAAGAGUCAAGCUGGAGCAUGAGAGAGAAAAACGGUACGUUGGAACCAUUGGUAUUGUUGUUUCUACUCCCCUGUCCAAGCUUUAACUCUUCAGUUUGGAUCUUUCUUGUUAUGCUUUGCCAUGCCUGGGAUUUUGUGUCAAGGGGAAAUCGCUGUAACGCGGCCAGAGCAGCAUAAAGAGAGGGAAAAAUUCCUGCUUUGACAUUUAGCGGUGGCCUUGUGUUUCAGGCCGUUUGAGACGGGAACAGAAAAAAAAAAGAAAGAAAGAGAGAGUGCCAAGUUUCAGUGUCCAGUCUCCCAGGCACACCCCAAAUUAAUACUUCAUCUUCAGUGUUUUUUGUGCUUUUUCCUUCGUCCGCCAAAUCCUUCACCCUCCAGUCAAAGAUUCACUCAAGAGGCGAGGCAUGAUUACUCUCACUAUGUCUGCAGACGGUCUCACAAGUAAUGUUUCCACCAAGGUGCCUCACAGUUUGGUUACCAGGUUGGAGCACUAUGAAAGCUAAGACCACAGGAGGAAUAACAGCUCCUUUGAGCAUGAGAGGCUUUAUUUGGUGUGGAUUGUCGUUCCUUGUAUGGACGCUGUGUGAGUCCUCCCAAGUCCUUGUCCUUUGGCUUUGCAUCCUGGGAGAGGUUCAAGUUCACAGGCAGACUUUGUCCCUAUGAAACAGCCCAACAACCACUUAGGGGGGGAAUGACAAACAGGAGUGUACUGUUCCAGCGGAAAAAAAAAGUCAUCAGAGGCAGACUGACCAGAACGUACUAGAAUAAUUGCAUUGAUUCAUCCGAACAUGGUCCAGACGUUGGUUCAGUGAGGCUUUGAUUAGAAGGAGUGAGAAGGAAAGGGGAAGCAGCACCUUCCUCCUGCAGAAUAUGGUCUCACGUCGGGCCUCUCCACAUUUUCACAGCCCUAAUUGGCAACUACAACUGAAGAAGAGACACGUUUUUCAUGUUCCUGUCUCUUUGAGUUUCUGCCUCCCUCUGUUUCUCUGUCUCCUUAUUGUCCUCUUUGCUUUCUCGUGAGCUCUCCUCACACUGCACUGCUUUCCCAGAACUGACAGUCACUUUUUAUUCACUCAGAAUUCACACUCCUCCUUUCCUCUCACUUUUCGCUGUCCUGUUGUUAGCGCGCUAUUUCCAUGUUAUACUGCCCAAGCUUUGACUUCACGCUGAUUUAGAUCCUGUGUUGGAAAUCGGUAGGAUAUCCUAAGUUUGUUCCCCUUAGGGAUAAAAUAAUACCUUAUUGUAGCAUCAGUGUGAGUAACAUAUUAAUUUAUUUAGAUAAAGCUGCGCUGAUAAACAUGUUAUGCUAGCGCUGAGUCACAUUAGCGCUAGGGAUUGUUUUGGUAUCUUGCAUCUGAUUGUUUCAGCUUUCUGGUGCCGUGAUUUACGGUUUUUUAUGCACUCUCACUGUUUCUAAAGCAGGAUGCUAUCUUCAGCCAAAAAAAAGUCUAAGAGGUAACCAAGUUUGUCCCCAGUUUCAAAGAACAUUAGCAACGAGCUGGUGAACACAUUGUAGCGGCUGAAAAGCUAGCUAUUUUCCUGGGCGUUGGUAGAGUUGGCAGGAGAAAAAUGAACAGUUAGCAUAACAGUGACAGUCAUGGUGAGAGUGAUAUCAAUAAAUUCAGCAUAUGGAGAGAGGCACAACCCCAGCAGCAGCCUGUUUGUAGUGACGACUCACGUUAGUUAGUAACUUUAGUGGGACUCAAAGAUUGAAAGUUAAAGUUGGUAAUGUGCGGACAGAUAAAGGAGAGAGAGGGAAAGACAAGAGUUCAAUGUGCUCAUCCCCUCAAGAGUCUAAGCUCAUGGUCCAAGUCUGAGCCAGCCCUGACUUAAAGCUUUGUCAAAAAGAAAAGUUUUAAGCCGACUGAAAAGUAGAGCGGGUGUCUACCACCCUGACUGAUAGAUGUCUACAAAGGAGAGAGUCCUAAUAUCUGAAGGGAGGAUACUUCUUAUUCUUGUGAUUUUGUGAAGGUGAAAGAAGGCUAUUCUGGAAAUUUGUUGAAUGUGGUGGUCGAAGGACAUAACCUGAUCUGAAACACAUUUGAAAAUAACUCUCUGAGUCUUGUCUUAUCUCCUCAGUUGAGUCUUUAUGGGCAAUGUGUCUUAUUUAUCAUAAAAACAUGGGUUAAUCUAAUGAGUUUCUCAUGAAACUGCGAUAAAAAGCAGCUAAACUGUUCCAAGCUCAGUUUCAGUAAAAGGAUGGACCUGAAUACGAAGGCAGUCAUGACUCAGUGGUAAUAACUUUGAAAUGAAAUCAGAAACGCUGCCUUUAUCUUUGAUAAAUGGAUAAACUCUUAGGAACUUUUUAUGAAAAAAUAAAUCAUAUAGUAUUUCAAGUAAGAGUGUUACACAAUGGAGUUGAGUAAAUUACAGAUGAUAUGUGAUCAGCAGCGACAGUACUCGAGGUAUGAGGAGUCCCUGAGUCAGGAUAACCGUGUUGUCUGUCCACAAUGGAAAGUAAUUGGACUGUCCUUCUUUUCAUUGGCAAGCGCUGAAGGUUCGGGGCAGGAAAUCGGAGCUGUGUCUCUUUCUCUACCCCCCCCCAGCUCUGCUUCAGGGUCUCCUGCCAGAGAGAGUAAAGGAACAGAGCCAGACGUUUUUUUUUUCCCUGUGUAUUUGGUUGUGAUUGUGUCCAUGAGAGAAAAGGGAAAGAGAGAAAGAGAGUGUGUGCCGGGAUGUGUGAAAGCAUUCUUUUUACUCUGCAAAUCUGUGUGUCCACAUGCUCGCACAGAGGAAGGAAGGCCAUAUCUUUUGGAGCAGCAUCCUCAAACCCCCCCUCCCCCCUUUUGGCCCCCUCUCCACAUCCCUCCAGCUCUUUAUCAGACACAUCAUCGACGAGUAUAAACAGAGAUGUGGAGCGUUUAGCUCCGCUGCUGCUCGCCUCUGAUCUGCAAGCCUCCCUAUUCCCAGAAUCCUCUCCUCAAAUGAGGGAACCAAUGAGCAGUCAUUAAGAUAGGCAGAGCUUUGGCCUCUGAUGAGGAAAUGAUGGGAUGAAAACAAGUCCUUUUAUCAGGGUACUAUAAAGAGAUAGUGGGCUGCGGAUUCUUCAAAAGCAGAGAGCAAGGGCAGAAAGAUAGAAAGCAAGAGAAAGCAGAAGAAAAUGUCGAAGGGAAUCUCUUUCUUUUUUUCUCUUUUAUUAUGUUAGGCUGUCUCUUUUAUUUUCUCUCUUACAAGUCUGUAAAUAUCUCUGCGUCUCUGUAUCUUUCACUCUGUCACUCUUUAAAAGAGGAGGGAAAGACACACAUCCUGCUGCUUUUGCUGCCGCUCCAGAAUUUUCUCUCCCCCUCCUCUCUUUCCUCCCAGGAAGUUUCCCAUCUGCCUUUGUGCUGGCUUAGUGGAGAGGCCCAGUGGUGUUGAAACAGUGGCCGAUGCACACACUGAUUGGGAAGCACACUCAUGCAUGUAGAGUUUUACAAACACGCACGCAUUUUUUAUAUACACUGGCUACAAACACUUGCUGAUAAGCUCUGAGUGUGCACGUAGGCGUACAGUAGAUGAGACAUUCAUAUAUGUAUAAACUGACACUGUCUGUUAUCAGGGAAUUGAUGAAUGCCCCUCUCGCACCAGCUUGCUCGUCACCUUGACCCAGCUGACCUGUCCAUUUUUCCCUCUUGUUACCAUAGAAACGCUGUCAAAUAUUUCCCUAGAAAGAUUUUUCAAACCAUGCUUAUGUAAGAGAACAGUAAAGCCGUGAAGAUUGUGAAAAACGUGAAAUAAAAUGCAGAGCCUUCAGCAGGUAAAGCGGUCAUUCAGAUGCUUAUUUCAACUCCAACUCCGGUGUGUGCGUAAAAGUCUGAGCUGAUGUAAACCAAACACGAUGAAACUAAACGCCAAUCUCUGACCGUGCUGCACGUUUUUCCCUCUCAGAAUCAUCCCGUUCCAGAGGCCGCUUAAGAUCAAGGAGCUGCUGCAGAAGGUGACAGAGGCCUUUGGACAGCAGAUGGACAUGUACUUCAUGGAAAAAGAGGUAUAAGGACGACAAGUGGGCAUGAUGUAAAACUCCAGGCUUGCAAAAUAUACAAACCUCUGUAACCCGGUCCAAAUUUUAGGGAGUUGGUGUAGACUUUUUUUUAGAGUUUUUACAGUGCGAUUCAUGAAAAAAGAGCUGUGAUUGACAAACUAUGAACUACUCCUAAAAUAUAAUCAUUAUAGUUUGGGUGUGUUACAUGACAAAAUAUGGAAUGAAGAAAUACUUAUGCAUGUAAUUAAAAAUUUCCUCAGUGCUCUGUAAUCAGAGGAACUUAGAAAACAGAGUUUUUGUGUUUGUCCUUGAAAAGUAAUAAAGAUUAAUGAGGCCUACAUGUAAAUAAGAAAAUCACAGCAUGUCAUGCAUACACCGAUGCUUUAACAUGGCGCCACUAUGGUAUAAUAGGCAAUUUAAAGGUCAUGUGUUGUAUGUUUUCUUGUCCUUUAAGCUGCUGCUGCCCAUGAAGACCCAAGAGGACCUGGAUCAGGCGGUGCUGACGUUGGGCUGCAGCACAGGGACCAACGGGCUGCUCAGGAUACUGCUUAAGACCCCCAAGAAUAACCAUGUAGGUUCUUGACAAAUAAAACUGGUCAUAAAAGACAUUUUUAGCAGCAAAAUCUUUAAUCUUCUGAACUCUGCCGCUUAAAGGAAGUAUUGCUUUUCUGUUUGUAGUACCUACAGGUGAACAGCAGGGACAAACAGAGCGAGAUGAAGUCAUCGCGGUCACUGGGAGAUCUCAAGGGCUCCCUGCUGAAGGGCUCGGAGAGGGUGCGCAAACACUCAACAGGUGAGCUGGCACAGUUAAAGACACACAAAUGCUCAUUCAUCUUUGCAAUCAAAGACUGUGAAAGCUUGACCGGGAGCUUUGAAGAAGUUCUCUUUUCUCAGUUUUAGUAUCUAAGAGAGUCCAGAAAAGCAAACAGACAGAGCUACAACCACAAAAUGCUGAUGUAAGAUUUGUUUCCCACCUGCGAGGGCCUCAAGGGUGGGCUGUCGGAGUAAAUUUACAACGCAGAGUGAUGCUGCUGUCGUAGGAAUGUUAAUAGCUAGAUGAGGGACGUGCUUUGUCAGAACGGAAAAAUGCAGAUUGAAGGAGAAAGUGACAACUUUAACAACCAGUGAGAUGUCCGGUCAAAGUAAGGACAAGUUUCCUCUCACAUACCAAACAGCUCCUUGUCUGCAUCUUCACCUUGAAAAGUAAGCAGUUCUCACUUUGAAUCUGAAGAUGCUUCUCUCAAAGGGCAAAUUCUUGGAUAUUACAAGUGCAGUUAAACAUAUGUGUAUUCUUAGUAUUCUUGCCAAGAGUGGGAUGAGAGGAGUUUUACAACUUUUGUACAAAUUGAAGGUUAAAAGGACAGAAAAAGUUAGCUAGAUUUGUUAUUUUCUAGUAUGUGGUUUGCUUACUUAGCUUGCCGCUGUUAUAGCAUUCAUUCUCGCGCGUUCAAGGCACAGUUUGACAAAAGUAUGUUUAUUUUCCUGCCGACAGAUAGAUUCCUUUAAGACCCUAUUCUUGUCGUGUCAUGCUCUUUCGCUGGAUAACACGGCAAAGACCGGCUCUGCCGUCCCCCCUGACUUGUUUGGUAACACAGCGUGAAGGUUUAUUUUGCUCUGUGAAAUACUGAGCUCUCCCCUGCCUGCCAUGUCUGAGUCUUUUCACCACCCUUAUAUCAGUCCUGUCCAGAAAGGUCACUGUUUCAGUAGUCCCUCAACCCCAGACACAUGCUGAAACGACCAACGCUCACCACCUCUCCAUCCCAUUUACAUUUUUCCCACAGCAGCUGAAGUGCUUUUUGAUAGCUGUCAACGCCAAUCUGUGUCACGUAGCCCCAAUAACAUCAGCGCUGUCAUGAUCGUGGGGCUUAUAAACUGUAUAGAAUUACCCGCCUCUCUCUGGAUUCCCCUGCAGCUGCCAGUCAGAGAGGCUGAGGGGAGAGAGAGAGAGAGGGGAGUGGUGGCAGAUGAGAGGUGACAGGAGAGCGGUCACAGUGGAUGGUUGAGUGAAGAUGUGAUAUGAGCCCGGGUACCUCCAUGACGCGCGGCGGAGGAGAAAGAUGGAGAGAGGCAGUUAGAAAGUGAAGUCAAGAAAAGGGAGUGGAUUUAGAAACCAGACUGUUUACUUUCAUAUUUGAUUAUUUCUAUACAUCACAGCACCUCUCGGCCUCAGCGCAUUUUUUCAGUAUUCAGUCAGUGACAGUCAGACUUUGAGUUCUUACUGUGUCAAGGACGAGCGCUCAGUCUCUGCCGCUGCUCGGGGGAGCGUUUGUCACAGUAAUUGAGGUUAGAGGUGGCGGCUGUGUGCUUUAGUAAAUCAUUUCUUGUAUUCUAGCACAGUUGAACUUGUACCCAUGAAUAACAUCAUGACGCUGUUUUCUCCCCUCUGCCCCUUUGCUUUUGUCUCUUUAUCAUCUUCCUGCUCUGUUCCCUUCACUCUUUUUUCUGCUUUUUUUUCACAUAAUUUACCUUUCUCAUCCUUUUUUCUACUUAAAUCAUCAUCUCUGCUUUCCCAUUGCUCCACUUCUUCUUAAACUGUCAUAGGUUCCCUGCAUACAGGUCGGACAUCACCUCCUCCUGGCAGCGUACCUGAGGAACAGCAACAGAUUGCCCGCCAGGGCUCCUACACCAGCAUCCACAGUGAAGGGGAGUUUAUCCCCGAGACCCAUGACCAGAAUGUAAGAGUGAACCCAUCUAUCUCUGAGACUCGUUUGCAGAAAACCACUGCUUUGUUGUCACCCAGCUGCUAAACUUUAAACACUAUAAUUUAGUCUUCUGAUUGUUUUUCUUAAAACCAGGACUCUCACAGGGCAGUGUGAUUUUUACGUCCAAGUUUUGACAAAUAUAAUUUGUAUUGAGAUUAUAAAGAGACCUUUGUAAGAAGAGCAGCACUUAUCCUCUCAAAAUAUUCCUUGACAGUGCCGUUAAAGACACCACUCUAUCUGCGCUGCUUUAUAUUCUGUCCCACAUGGCUGCGUACUCAGUGACCCUCUUUCUCUCUGUGUUAUUACAUCUGUCAGAUGUUGGAUCCUUUCGGGAGCGCAGACAACUCACUGUCGAGCAGCUGUCAAUCAAUAGAUCAAGCACUGGACAGGUGAGUCAUCAUGCAGUGUGUGAUUUAUGACCCUUGUCUGUGCGGAUAAAUAUUUAUGAUGUAAACAUUUGCGGAGCAGAGCAGAGUUAUUUAUAGUUGCUGCUUCAUAUCAUGAUGUUAACACAUGGAUCCAACCCUGUGUUGUACAGUCAUGCAUACUGGAGCUAGCAAAGGCGCUUGGUGAAGUUUCUUAAACAAGUGUUCAAGGUUGGCAGCUAUCCCUGACCCUUCCCACUCUACUGCCUAUUCAGAAAAAAAAAGAAUCAGGUCACUUUGCUGUUGCCAUGGUGACAAAACUCUUAUCUGGACGCUUGGAUUCCUCUGUUAUCAUGAGAGAGACUAACAGAGACUGAGUGGGAGACGUAAAAAAAGUGUGAGCAAGAACAUGCUGCAUGAGAGGAAAAAUAGAGCCAGAAAAAUGAAAAGUGGUGAAAGAGUGAGAGUGAAGGCGAGGGGGAGUUGAAGAGGGUGGAGAAGGAAAAGACUGAAUGUGAUUCAAGGGGAAAAGAAAGUGAGCAAGAGUCAGAUUGAGAGAGAGAGAGGGAGAGAAAGGGAGAGAGCGAGAGAGAGAGAGAGGGAGCAGAACGGAAACAGCUCUACCUGCACGAGGCUUAUCUGGGCUCCAAGCUGCAGAACAAUGGCAGGAAACGAGUGCAUGGAACUUUUCCCUCCGAGCGGGCAUGCGUGCCCCUUAUCCAGGGUCUCGUGGCCCCACGCCGCCCUGCGGUCAGCAGAGACGUCACUCUGUUGGACUGGCGGGGCAGGGUUGAUUUACAGACAGCUGGGGGGGUGGAUGGCUGGAUUUACACCAACAUAUAACAACAGGGGCCUCACUUUAUUAACAGUUCAUAUGUGAUUACUGUCGUUGGUUCAGUUUACUCAUUCGUGCUUCUGUAGAGGUCUUAUCACAAAUGACUGUGUGGAUAAUGACAUUUAUCACACAAUUUGAUAUCAUGACAUAUCAGGCAAAUUGUGUUGUCAUCUAUUGUCUCGUAAUGAUUCAUAGAUUGUAUCCUAUUCCGACAUACUUGAUCGUACUGCAUUGUAAUUUGUCAUAGCUUCAACAUUAUGAUAGCGUCCCAUACUGUGUCAUAUCCUAUUGAACUUAACCCUUUAAUGCCUUUUGUGUCAUAUUUGAUACUUACCUUCAUGAUACUUCUAUCAAAUCAAUAUGAUCAAUUAAUUACUAAACAUCUAAAUACAGUCUGAUAAAUGAUAAAAAUGUCCUCUUGUGGCUUAUCAGUUUCCAAAAACAUGUAAUGUAUCAAACAAGAAAAAUAAAUAUAUUUGUUAAAUUUUUAAGGACAUAUUGAUUUUUUUUGGUUUUCAGUAGUAAGUGAAAUAAACAUUCAGCUCCAAAAAAAUUGAUUUUUUGGCUGUAAUUUGUGGUUUCAGGCAUUAAAGGGUUAACUAUAUCAGAUUGUAGCAUAUCACAUCUUAUUGUGUUUAAUGAUAUUCUGAUCAUAAACCAUGCACUUUUAAAAAACAUUCUGUAAGCUCUUGUUUAGUGUUGCAAAGAGUUGGAUCCUAUAAUAUUUACACCACUAACUUAAUAUUCUCCUCUCAUCCGUUAUGCAGAGAAGCGCCUAACAUCCUGUGUAUAUUAUCUGUCUCUGCGUUUUGUUUAAAAUGAAUCCUGCCCGAAAGCCGAUCGUCAUUUGAAGUGUUUUGUGCUGCUUUACAUCUGGAGUUUCACAUCAGCAGCUGUAGCCAGACUUCUCUCUGAAGAUAAGGAAGAAAUUACCCGAUGAAAUAGCAAACCUUUUUCAACUCCCCUCUCUCUCUGUUCUCCUGUCAUUCCAGCCCUCCUUUCUCGCAGAACAACCGGGACAAUAAUUACCUGAACCUCAACUUUGAAUACAAAGGUAAGAGAGAGGAAGAAUCUGCUGCAUUUCUGAAAGCUUUGUUGUAAACUCUCGGCUCAAACACUUUGCAGAGAGAUAAAGAGGUGCUUUAAGCGUGUUCAUUAUUAGAAAGUUUUGUCUGUUCUGACUUUCUUUUUCUUCUUGCGUGGUAAUUACAACCUCACGAGUAGAGUCCCCGAAUAAAAACAGCUUUGCUCAUUUAACUCCCUGUAAGCUCAAAUAUUCCCCAAGGGAGACGAUAUUCUAUGAUGGGAGUAAAUACUUAAAUUGAGGAAUGGGUUACUGUGAAGAUAUGAAAGAUCUUUGUUUUGAUUUUUUAUCUCAGGAGGCGACGAAGGCAGUGUGAUAGCAUCGUAACUCUUCCUGUUUUAUCUCCCACACACUCUCCACUGUGCAACCUUUGUCUGUCUCUGUCUCUCACUCUGUCAUCUCUUUUUGUCUGCGUUUUUUUUCAGACUUCAGUUCCUAAAAGACAUUGGUCCUUCCUGUCUUUUUAUGAUCAUUUCCUUGUUCUUGAUGCCAUCCCCCCCCUUACUCGUCUGUGUCCCUUGGCUCCCUGUCUGUCCCUCUUCCCUGUAAACGUAGAUCAGAUGGAGCAGGAUGACAGAUAGUACCACACUUAUCCUCAUGAAGAGAGGAAACACAGCAAUCUGGCUGUCUUUUUCUCUCCUGCUCCCACCUCCCAUGCAGUAAAUUAGGAGUGCUGCACAAUGUAUACACAUACAGGGAUUGUGGGAGCUUCAUAUAACUGCAGCAGCUCUGGAGCUCUCACUUGGGCAUGCAUGCUUGCACGUGCAUGUGCACGCUCUCCCCUCCCUGAUGUAAAGCUGUGUGGCCCCUUCCUGCUGAGGGCUACAGUAUUUGUUUACCAUUCCCUGUGAGUAGAUUUUUCCUCUCCAUCCCGCACUGCCAAACACAAAAAAUAACUCCCGUCUCCAUGGGAUACGGCCACAAAAAAACAGCGUGAGGGGAGGCAGUCAUCUGACGGAACAGCUGCUUUCAAUUGCGAGUGGCUCGGCUGUACUCUGUUCAGUGUGUGUGUGCGUAUGAGCGAGACAGAGGGAGAGUGAGUGUCAGUGCUCGCCUGCGUCAGCAGUGCUCCCCACCUGCCUUUAGUUACUGCUCCACUGGGUUCAGAGCUAAAAGGCUAAGCUAGCACACAUGAGCUGUUCUGAGUUUGUCUGUCUUGGCUGCAGCGAGGCGAUAUAACAGCUCUGUUCGGCGUGUGAAAAGCUGUCUUCCAUCCCACUGCUCUUCAUCUGACAUGCAGAAAAGAGCACGAGAGUGUUGGAUCUGUCAGAUGUGAUCAUUUAAAACUCUCAUCCUCGUUAUGUUUGUGUUUCUGACAAGCUCCAAGCAGUUAACCCGUAUUGUUGACUCUGACAGUAAAACACAAUCAAGUUCAAAUAUGCGGCUCAUUCAUUUACUUGCUGACUUGUUUUCUCUCUCUGCAGGCCGCCAUGGAAAAGGAGGGACUUUCCCACGCCAGUUCCAGUUGCCCAAUCGCAGCAAAGAUUACGGCGACCGUAAGAAACCAGCUUUGCUCAAGCAGCAAUUACAACACUUUUAUUGCACAGUUUGAACACAAAUGCAAGACAAUACAGACACAUGCCUCUACCAGACUCUCCCAUCUGAUCAGAUUUGUUUGAAUCGGUGCAGAAUUCACUUAUUUUGAAAUCCUCUCCAUGUCUUGAACAUUUUUUUUUUGGCUCUCUGGGUAGAUUUGGUACACGAAGUUCUGGCUCUCCAUCCAAGGCAGCUGCUAGUAAUUGCUUACUCAGAGGCUAACCUUGGCUAGCAGUGAUUUACGUUUCCCUGUGGUGAACCCGAACUUGUAUAAAAACACAGCGCCCUGCUUCCUGUCUGAAGGGAAGUGGGAUGGAGUGGCGAGAGGCACUCUGCUCUGGCUGGCCCUCAGAGCUCACUUUAAGCACAGCACCUGUAGAAUAAAAACAGUGUGAAAAUCACACACAGGACAAACAAUAGAGGCAGUGGCCUGAGUGUGCAAAGUCAUUAAUACGUCGCUUUCUCUUAAUAUGUGUGUUUUCAGGUCGUAGGACACUUCCGCGCAGCUUCAUGCCACAGGAGAACCUGUUUCAGCUGGUUCCUUCCAGUCGCACACGCAGUUAUAAUGGAGACAGUACGCUGCAGUACAGCGAGCUGCGCUCACUGGGACGCACAGACAAAAGCUGCCAGCGUGGGACGUCCAAGUGUAAGUAGUGUGCCUAAGAUCUCAAAAGUUGUUUAAAAAAAAAACGUAAAAGAAAAAAAAAUCCCACAGCUUUGUGUAAACUGAAUUUCUAAAGGUCAUAUCUGCUGUUUUUUUUUCUUUGAUUAUGAGAUAAAUAAAUAAUAGCUAGCUUUGAAAAGCAAUGUUCUAAAAUUGUUCCUCCAUUAUUAGUCAAAGUUUUUUUUUUAAUAAAAGUCAGUCUUUCAUUUAGGCUUCAGUGCUUGAUAAAGUGCUUUGUUAUCUUUUGUGAAUCAGAAGCUACUCAACAUCGCUAAAGGUGUUUUAAUGAGUACUUAAACUCAGGUUACCUUCUGACAUGUCAACCCUGAUGGAUUAUUUGAGCCACUUUAAUAAAAAAGAAGAGAUUUAGAGAUUAAAGUCAGGUUUGAUGAGAAUAAAGUGUGUGUUUCUUUCAUUUCAUUUAUUCAUUUUUUUACAUGUGUGUGCAACACAAGAAAGUUAACUGAAAACAAACACAACCAAUGAGAAUAUUCAAAACAACAAUAACAAUAAUCAAAGCAAAAAAAAAUACAAAUAAAAAUAAAAAAUGCUACUAUUAAUAAUGUGAACCCAACACAUUAUUUUUUAUGAGAAAAAAGUCAUAUAUUUGUGUAUACUAGUGAAACUUAAAGCUCCUGAAAGGAGUUUUUUCAGCUUUCAUAAAUAGACUGAUGCCCUUUUACGAUAUCCAAAAACAAAAAAGAUUGUCAGUGUCAAGACUGAGGAUUUUUUUAUGUGAAUUAUGACUUCAUUAUUAUUUUUGAAUGUGGUUUUUCUUCAUAUAUGGACGAUAAUCAAAAGCUGUUUUCUUUGUCUUCAUCUUAUUCUAUUCAGACCAUCAAACGUUAUCAAAGAUAAAAUUCAGUAAAAACUCAGUUCACAGCUCACAGAGUUUUCCUCUCAUCAUCUUAUCACAGUCUUAUCUAUCAUUAGUCAACCCACAGUUUACAUAUACAGAAAUUGCUAUUGUCGCUAAACAAAAGCUCACUCAGCAGUCUGUGGUCUCUGUGUCUGUCUCUGAUGUCCCGCUCACCCACACACGACCAAACUCACCCACACUCAACCACGCUGUCUAACCUGACCACAGAGAAGUCUCUGAGUCUGUCUGAGCCUCUGAGGGUUGGUGCUGUUAUGAUGCUCUCUUUAGGUUUUGUCGACUCUCUGUCGGCUGAGCGUGGUUUGACUCAGAUAUCAGGGCUUUCCCCUUCUGAGAGGGUCUGCGGUGGGAGAUAUUUAACAACCCUGCGGUGGAUUUGACGUCUGGAAUCGUUAAAUUUUCCUCACGAGUUAGAGUGGGAUUCUGUGGUGGAUUUUGACACAUGCCUCAGUGCUCAGUGUUUGCUUGAAUCAGUAUAUCACAGUGGAUCUGUCUGUCUCUGGGGGCUCGGCUACAAAAUGAAUUACUGCUGGCUUUUCAUCACGUGGUGUCUUGUUUCUGCAGCACCACGGGCGCCAGUCAACUGGCGACAAGGAAAGCUCCUGGGGCGCGGGGCGUUCGGGGAGGUCUACCUCUGUUAUGACGCAGACACAGGCCGGGAGCUGGCUGCCAAGCAGGUGCCCUUUGACCCUGAUUGUCAAGACACAAGCAAGGUGAGAAGGAGCAUAUUAACUCGAACUGGAUUAUUCAAGGGCAGUGAUUUAUUGUUUCCAGACUCUGACUUUAAAUUGAACUUUUCUUGAUUCAAAACUUAAUUUUCUGCAGGAGGUGAACGCUCUGGAGUGUGAGAUCCAGCUGCUGAAGAAUCUACGCCAUGAGAGGAUAGUUCAGUACUAUGGUAGUCUCCGGGAUCUGGAGCAGAAGAAACUCACCAUCUUUGUGGAGUUUAUGCCUGGGGUGCGUAUUCUACAGAGCUGAGUGUACAUGAGGCACGCCAGCAUGGCAGUUGUCCUAAUGAAUGAUGUCUGAGAAAGUCAUAUUGUUGUUUUGACUGUAAUACACAUUUCACAACAAAAAUUAAAUCAAACCCUUAGCAGCCACAUCUGCUUAGAAACAAUCUUGAAACGUCACCGGCCGUCAACAAACAUGUCCUCUGUGGUUGAUGUCAGCAGAUCUGCUCAGUUUAUGAGAUCAUUUUCUCUCUAAAUGAGCGUCUUAAUGAGCUGCUGUCGCCUCUGGACCCCGUCACUGCGCCUGCUUUUAAUAUUUCCUUCGUUUCUUUUUUUAUUCUGCUCGGUGGUGAGCGCCUCAGUCCUACAUUGUCCUCAACUUGGAAAUGUUUAUCUUACGGUGGGGUUUGCUGGCAGCAGCACAAGGGGAGGUGACAAAAUCUGAGUUGGUGUGUGACCUCUCUGCACGACUGCACCGCUGAGGCUGAUAACACUUAAGUCGCCCUCGGGUGGUGUGGUUUAAGGCCAAGUGUCCCUCUGAGAGCCAAAAAGCUGUAGAGGUGUCUUGUUGACAGGCAUAAGUGAACAGAGAGUGGUUUUGUUUUCACUUUUUGAGUAAAAAGUGCGUCACAGGUGUUGCUGGAUCGGGUCUUUUGCUCUUGAGGAACUGAAAACAGGAAAUGAAAGGAAAUGCAGGACGUUGAAAGCAUUGGGUCUACUAAUGGAGCACAUAUCGCUCAGCACAAAGCCUGUUUUCAUACUUGGUUUUGACGCUUAAAAAUUGGCUGAGAGGCUGUUUUUACAAUAAAACCAAAUAAAUCCACUUCAGCUGGAUGUAUUAUUGCAAGCCUGCAGUCACUUUUUCUUAAACCAUUGUUUUAUCAGACAAUGAAACUUUAAAGAUUGACUUUUCAUAUCCUUCAAAGGCAAAUUCUGAAUGGCAAACCCACUCAUUUGACAUCCCUUCAGCCAAAACAAGCCUUUUUACGGUCUUUCUUAACAUAUUGUGCCUCAUUUUAAUGAGCUGUGAUAUUAUCUUUAGGAUAGAAAUCGGUGCUCCCUUGAUCUGCCCUGCUGUUGUAUCAUGCAGCUUAUUCUCAUAAAUUGCAAUAUGGGCACUUGUCAUGCUUUAGAGAGAGGCCUGUUUACUGAGCAGGAUGUGAAGCAAGUUUGGUAGACUGUUUCCAAUAUAGUCUGAAGAAACUUGCAGGUCUUUUGAACACAUUUGUUUUCUCUUGUGACCACUGGUUACGGCAUGUUGCACACCAUCGCGUUUGCUCAUAUAGCUCGCAUAGAAAUUUGCCGAUUUGAAAAGCAUGACUCAGAAAUUACAUUUCCUGCAAGUGUUGGAAAGGAGCUUUUUUGAAGUUGCCAUGACAACAAUGAUAAUUUUUUAAAAUAAGAUUUUACCUUCUUCAUAUGCAGCCCUGCAGAGCUAAAAUUUGUUAACAGUGUGAACAUAGUUUGUUCUAUUUGUCCUAAGACUUGUGUUGAGUCAUGAAACUACAAAGUAUUUGUUUACAGGAUUGAAGAAGUAAAUUUUUAAUAUUUAAUUUUGAACUCUCAAGGUCUAACAUGUAAAAUGUAAUUGAACAGGAAUUAAACCCAAUCUUAACAAAUCUGGUCCCUCUGUGAUAGCGAUGUGUAAUCAACGUAUGGUAACAUAACGUAUUGUUUUAUAUCAUACAAUAUCAUAGCUGUCAUUCUGUAUUGGAUUGUACUGCAUCAUUUAUUGCACCCUGUACAAUUUCAUUUGAUGGUACUGUUUAAGAUUGUAUCUCAAGACACUGCAUUGUAUCAUAUGCUACCAUAUAAUUCUGUAUUUUAUAAUAUCAGAUAACAUGUAUUGUGUAUCGUAUCAUACUGGGCACUUUUGCACUACAACGCCCUGCAUUGUGUUGUAUCAUAAUCUUAUUGUAUUACACUGUUUCCUAUAGUAUCCUGUUGUGUCCAGUAUUGUAUUUUUACGUUUGAUGGGUUGCUCCUAUAACUAUGGCGAAAACAUAAGCCAGUACUUCAUCCAACACAACAAUCAAAGAUGCACCAACCAUUUUUGUGGCAUCAUCCUCCUAAGCCUCUCUGUUUUUAUAUCACUCCAGGGCUCUAUAAAGGACCAGCUAAAAGCCUACGGGGCCCUAACAGAGAAGGUGACACGGAGAUACAGCAGACAGAUUCUCCAAGGAGUCUCCUACCUGCACAGCAACAUGAUUGUACACAGAGACAUCAAAGGUAACUGAAACAUCAAGCUGGCAAAGGUCAGGGACGGAGUUUAAUUGGAUUUGUAACCCAGACUUGGAGACACAGAGGUAGCUGUCAGAGUUAAAAACGGUUCUUUACGGUUCAUUUUGUAGCAAUUGUUGCUGAGAACACCACAGAUCCAUUCAUUUCAUUUCACUUGACAUUUCCUCAUUUGCCGUGUACAGAAGAAGCCUGGAAAAAUGUGCUAUUUUGAACUCCCCUCUGAGAUAUAUUAGGCUUCAUGCCGGUGAAAUCGUCCGGGCUAAAAAUGUCCAACACCGGAUGGAAAGGCUUUAGUUUGGCUGCCCGCUGCUUUGGGAGUCACUACUUUGCUCAGCCACGGGCCAAGAAGUGGGAAAUGUACCGUCUGGUGGGGAAAAAGAUAGUAGGUCUCACCGGACACUGGCAGUGAGGGAACACGUGGGUGGGAUUUUCCACUUAAAAAUGCUCUUCAUGUGUUAUAUACAGUGUGUGUUCAUGACACCACACAAGAGCUCUUCUGUAGAGAGUAAAAGGAGCUGUCAGCACAUGCCGGUUUUAGAUACAACUAGGCAUAACAGUCAUGACAUUAAGUUAGAAAGUGUCUGUGAAUUUUAUGUCCCUGGGAGUCUUAAAUGGGGUUAAAAUGAUUUAUUGGCCUUUCAUAUCCUCACAAAAGUGUACAGGCAAGAGAAAGGCAUUGAAGAAAUAAAGAAGUUAAGAGUAAAGGUCACACUUAAGUCUUUCAAUCUCUUCCCUGCAGCCCUCCGUUUUUCAGUGGGUGUGGAGAUUGAGAGGCGAGUGGUGUACAUUAGUCACUGAUCAAACAAGUGGAGUGCCUGGAGGAAAUGGGAUAGACACAGCUAAAUGUCGGAAAAUUACUAAAGAGAGAAAAGAGAGGGUGUUGAGGUUCCGUCUCUGAGGAGGAGAGGGCUGAUUCAACGUUUUAUUUUCUGAUUUGAAUGAUCCAGUGAGGCAUUCCCCAAUUUUAGACGUAAACCUUCAAUCUUUUCCAUCAUCCCAGUCUAGUCAAAUACAAGGCAAAUGAACCUUACCCCUGAUGUUUGCUUGCUGGCCCAGGCGCUUUCCUAACCACACUGUAACGGUACAUGAAAUGAAGGAUGCCGUCAGUCCUCAGGAGACCCUCGAAUAACUCUGAGCUCAUUUUUUGUUUUCAUUCCACCAGGUGCUAACAUCCUGAGAGACUCAUCAGGGAACGUGAAGCUGGGAGACUUUGGAGCCAGCAAACGUAUCCAGACCAUCUGCAUGUCUGGUACUGGAAUCAAGUCUGUCACUGGCACCCCCUACUGGAUGAGUCCUGAAGUUAUAAACGGGGAGGGCUAUGGCCGCAAAGCUGAUGUUUGGUAAGAAUAACAUGAGACGGGGCUGUAAUGAGGCCCAAAGAGGAUAUAAGAAUGUUGUAGAGACAACAGUGCAAGAAAAAAGUAAACACUGCAGGAGGAAGAACGAUAAAGUCACCUAAUCAAAGGACAGAAGAGCAACAAAUUUAUAAGACAAGUGGUGACACUCUGACUUGUUAAAUGGGUAUAUUUCUGCAUCUCUGAUUUAGACUAAUGUUUUGGUCAUUGAGGUUAUUUUACAGGAAAAGAUUUGUAGGAAGUGAUGUCAGAAAUACCACCUGACAAGGCAGGUAUAUGUAACCAGGGGAGCGAACCAUCGCAUUUGUUAACAAUACAAAACAGCCGUAGACAAACAGAAGAGACAAUAAAAGCAUAGAGCAGUAAAAAGUAACCUAACCAGCACUUGUGCUCACACUAAUGUGACUUUAUUUUACGAUGUUCUUUGUUGUUUGCACUUAACAUAAAAAUGGCUUCAUCAUACGGCACCUUUCAUACAAAAACAAUGCUGUCAGUGCUCUGCUUACCAAGGGUAAAAUAUUACAAAAAUGAUGUAGAAAACUGAUUCUGUAUUUAAAAUCAGAUCAAAUCAGAGAUUACCAGUAAAAUAUUAUCUUAUAAAAGUCAUUGAAAAAUAAAAAUAAAACUAAAAACUAAACGAGAUUGAACAUUUAAGUUCUUUUAAUUCCUCAUGCAGAUGCAGCAAUUCUGCAGUAGCUGCCAUCACUGUGCAUGUGUACCACCAACAGUGUGGUUCAGCUAUGGUGUUCCAGUGUGUAAGCCAUUGUUGUGUAGUAGCUGCUUGUUAUUGCCUUUUUAGCUUGGUCCAGUAAUAUCUUUGUGAGAUACCGAUCAUUGUAAUGAUGCAAUCGCUUAUAUUCCGGGAUGCAUGAGUCUGCAUUCUCAUGACUGCUCCCAGGAUGACUGUAAUCUCUGGAAUUUGCAAGAAAAAAAAAAAAAAAACGAUAAUAUGUGUGAUUUGCCUCAUAAUUCUUACCUGACUUUCACCAUGAUGGUUUCAAACAACUGUGCGCACUCAUGAAGCAGCAGGUUGAUUUUUUUUUCCUUCAAGAUUCCCUUUGUGUCCUUGAAAUUGCAGUGAUGUGUUGCGUUUCACACAUGCUAAGACAUUCGUCUGUUGGUGCUAGCCUUAAAUAUAAGGUUAUCUAAGACUUGACGAACAAAGUACAGGAGGCUUCACGUGAUCUAAAAGUGCUACUGUCAUUGUCAUUAGAGAUAUUGCGUUGAUCCUGUUUCAACAUACAAAAGACUGUUUCUAAUUCUCAACAGAUAAAGCUUAGUAAUUUUUAAGUUUAUUUUUUAUAACAGUUUUCUGUAAAAAAAACAUUCUUGACUUUUAUAAGAUCUAAAGCACAACUUUGACUAAGGCCUUUCAGAUAUAGAAAAACCCUCACCUUGAUGGCUGACAACGUUCAUAGAUGUAACCUAACUGAUAGCUGAUAUUUGAUGACAUUCAGAUUAAAUUGCAGAUUAUUUCAACUAAAUGCUUUUCUGCGUCUGUGUUCUUUGUAGGAGUGUUGCUUGCACUGUCGUGGAGAUGCUGACCCAGAAACCUCCAUGGGCUGAGUAUGAGGCCAUGGCUGCCAUUUUCAAAAUCGCCACACAGCCCACAAAGCCCUUGCUUCCAGAGGGUGUGUCCGAUUCAUGCAGGGACUUCCUGCGGCAGGUGUUCGUGGAGGAGAAGUGGCGGCCCACUGCAGACAUUUUGCUCAGCCACCCAUUUGUCCAGGGUUGCUUCUGAAGCCCGUGAACCCCCUCUCCCUCCCCCUCCUUUGCCUGCGCAGGUCUCUAGUCCUCAGCGCCUCCCCUCCUCUCCGGCCCACCCUGUCCCCAGGGCCCCUCCCCUAAGUCACCAGGCUCCAGGGCUCACUCCAGCUUCCUGCCCUGUUGUCUAUCACCAGUGUCUGCCUUGUCAGGACCCCUCUUUCUCUCACCAUCUAGCUCAACUUGGUUCCCCAGAGAGGCCGAGUCGAGCGCCGUCAGACCUGCAGAGUCCUCUGAGGCAUCACAGGGAGGAGACUGACGAGAAAGCACUUAGCAGUCUCACAGGCUGCAGACGGCUGCCCUUAAAAGGGACCAGAGUAAGAAAGCAGACUGGGUCUUGCACUCAUUUUCUGCUACAGAACAGUGUCUUGGUUUGGCCAGACACUAUGUAAUCCUGACCGAGUGGUGACAUUGAUCACAUCUGACAGUACUGUAUGUUACUCAUCAGCUAGAGUUAGCUGAGAGUGAAAAAAAGAUGGUAAAAUAUUUUUCUAUGAGAGAAAAUAAACACACACAAAGUCAUCUUAGAGGAUGAGUUUUCUAUCCACGCCUAAAAAAUGUAAAUGUAUUUUUGUCAACGCCUUACAAUAAGAGUUUGUAAGUAAGAAUGUCUUUUUUUAAAACAUCUUCAGAGGGUUGCAUCACCCGACCUUUAUAGUACUCACAAGCCCAUCUAGAAGGAAUGUCAACAUUGCACUUUGAUAUCAUGCAUUGACACAUUUCCGACAUGCAGGAUAAUCAACUGAGGAGAUAUUUUUCUAUUUGAAGCAUUUUUUAAUAUAAUUUCACAAGAAUUAUGUUGUUUCUUCUUAAAAAAAAAAAAAAAAAGACCAAACUUUUGCAUCAGCAUGCAAUGUCUUUAAAGCAAUACCGACAUUAUUGUUGGAGUCUGUGAUCCAUUCCAGCUUCUCGUGCAGUGAGCCUCGGGUCCACAGAAUACAAAACAGAAGUGGCCAAAGAAAAGCUGCAGAAACGUAUAAAAACUUAAGGCUAAAGUUGAUGUGCAGUAUUAGUCACGUGCUAUUGUUAGUCACCUCAGAGCCCUAUAGCCUUCUCUAUGUUAUGGCAGCUUCGUGCACAGUACGCUGCACAGACCAAAUCAGAUGCAUUGACGUUAUAAGAUUGAAGUAAGUGUCUCAUUUAUGUUUUUGUGCAACUUCAGUGUGAAUCCAGUCACCCCAUGCCUUUCCUUUGCUUCCUUCACUAUAAGAAAGGGUCACCAGAUACUUUCAUGACUUCAUGUCAAGUUGGAAAGAUGGAGCUAAAUGCUGUAUUUUGUAAAAUAAAGCGGAGACUUUGUCAGAGGUGGGUUGACGUUGGAGGUGUAGUUGCUAGCUGUAAUACAGCGGCGUCUAAGGAGUGAUCAAAUGUCUUUGACCCUUGUCAGUGCCUUAUCUGAAUCUGCUUUUACACACAAAUGUUCACUGCCAAAGCAGAAAGCUUUCAAGAAAGUAAGCAGCUGUUCAGUAGAGAGCACAUGCAGGAUUUGUUUCUUUUAUAUGAAAAAAAAAAAGAUUAUACUGUAAAUACAUAUUGUUCUGCACUUUUGUAUUGAAUUUCUUUGCAUUAUAAACAAAUCUAUUUGAUGAAAUAGCUACGUUAUAAAGUAGAAUGUACUGUGAUUUCAACAGGAUUAUGUUUGAAUGUCUCUUUGAAAGCUGGCAGGCAGUAUGAAAAGGCUGGGAGGCUUUUGAUUGGGACAGAGUUUGUUUUGUCUUAAUGACAAAGCCUUGAAACAUGAAAUGUAUCAAGUCAUUGAUCUUUUGUACAUUUAACUUAAAUAAAUCCAAGGUCUAAGACUGUUUGUGUGAUUUGUUUGUGUGUUGUAUUGUAAUUAUGGUCCAGAUCUGUGUUGGAAAAAAAAGGGUUUUCCGUAGUGUUCGCUUAUAUUAUUUACCCAGAGGGACCGCUAUCUGUUUUUGCCCAUUAUUAAAUUGUUAACAUGCUAUUUCAA